AUGACUCACAGUAGGAGAUCAAUUCAGGCCAGUGUCCCCUCCCCAGUUCCUCUAGCACUGCCCAUUCUGGGGGAAUUAAAAGAGCUUCAGACACUGACCCCAGGGUCUGCCUCUAGGGUACAAGCAUGUCUUACUUGGUGUCUCUGCAGUGACAGGGGCACCACAGGGAAGAACUGCACCCAUGUCACCUGGUUCCUCCUGCUGGGGCUCACAGAGCAGGCGGGGCUCAAGGGCAUCCUCUUUGCACCCUUCCUGUUCAUCUACUCAGUCACCUUCACAGGCAACCUGGCCAUGAUCAUCCCGACCCACGGACCCAUGUACUUCUUGCUGCGUAUCCUCUCCUUCAUAGACUCCUCCUCCUCCACGUUAAACACCCCCAGGCUGCUGGAGAGCUUCCUCACCUCAAGCCAGUCCAUCUCCUUUGCAGGAUGCAUGGUCCAGAUGGCCCUCAUGCCUCUCCACGGUACUGCUGACUGUCUGCUCCUGGCCAUUAUGGCAUAUGACCGAUUUGCUGCCAUCUACCGUCCUCUCCUCCACCACACCGUCAUGUCCCAACGUCUGUGUGUCCAACUGGUGGCAGCCACCUGUAUGGCUUCUGUUGCCAAUUCAGCUUUACUGACUGGGUACAUCUUCAAGCUGCUCUACUGUGGUCUCAAUAUCAUUAACCACUAUGUCUCUGACGUCCCCCUUGUGCUCCAACUUGCCUGUGCAGACAUUGCCAAGGCUGAGGCCAUUGUCUUCUCAUCUUCUGCCUUGAUUAUCCUCUUUACCGUCACCAUUAUCCUGGUCUCCUAUGCCUACAUCCUGGUGACUAUCUGCAGGAUGCGUUCCCUCAGGGCUCAGAGCAAAGCACUCUCCACCUGUGCCUCCCACCUCGCAGUCAUCUGCCUCUUCUACGGCACCACCACCUUCAUGUAUGCCCAGCCAAGCUCUCACAGUCCCAUGGAACCGAACAAGGUCGUGUCUGUCUUCUACACAGUGAUCUUCUCCAUGCUGAACCCUCUGAUCUACAGCCUCAGGAAUAAAGAUGUGAAGCCUGCUCUAAAGAGGAGAUGCCUUGACGUGCUGCCUUCCUAA